AUGGUGAAUGAUAUUGAUAUGAUUAGUGGUCUGGUUGUACAAAUGGGACAAGGAAAUCAAGCUAUGUUGUUGCCACAAGUGAUUCAGGUUGCUGGACCAAAUGGACCAAUACAAGUUCUACCUAUGUCAUCAUUAACUGGUGGUGGACAACCAAUUGUCAUUCAACAACCAACAACACCACAAAUUAUACAAACACCUGAUGGACAAGCAUAUAUUUAUCAGCCAGUUCAAAUGGAUCAAUCACAACAAUCACAACCACAAGUUAUUAAUUUAAAUGGUAAUUUGGUACAAAUUGGAUCAGCACAAACAGCAACAACAUCAGCAGCACCAGUACAACAAAUGUCAACACAAAAUACAGCACAAGGAGGAAAUAUUGUCAUGAUGGUACCUGGACAACAACAAUUUCAAAGAGUACAAAUUCCAAAUGCUGAAUUUCUUGAAGAGGAACCACUCUAUGUUAAUGCCAAACAAUACAAACGUAUUUUAAAACGUCGACAAGCUAGAGCAAAACUUGAAGCUGAAGGAAAAAUACCUAAAGAAAGACCAAAAUACCUUCAUGAAUCACGACAUCGACAUGCCAUGAACAGGAUUCGUGGUGAAGGUGGAAGAUUUCAUUCUGGUCAUGUUAAAAAAAGAAGAUCUAAUCAAAAUAACAUGAUGGCACAACAUAUAUCAACUUCAGCAAGUACAAAUAAUAUCAGAACGAUAUCUGUUCCAAAUUCUGGUAAUAUUCAACAUCACAAUGACAAUAUGACAUCUGCAAUCAUCAUUGAUGGAGGUGGACCAUCAUUACCUGAAAUGAUGGCAGAUGGUAUUGUCACUGAUGGACGUUAA